AUGACCACCACACAGACUGCCAUAGAGGCGGACUUGAAGGCUGGCCAGACGCAGCACCGCGAAGACACAGUAGUAGACGAUGAAAAGUCACGUCCCGCCAGCGAGGCCAACCUCGUGUACUCGAAUACCGAAGAGGAGCCUGAGCUUCAUCUGCGCACGUACAUUGCCCUCUUGGCCAUGCUGAUGCUCAACUUUGUCCAGAUUAUUGCUCUGCAAGGGCCACCCGUCGUUUUGGAGAGCAUCGGUGAAAGCCUUCACAAUGUACCCGCGCAGGCCUGGGUACCCAACGCCCUGUCCCUUGUUCAAGCCGUCCUGGCACCGGUCGUUGCCUCGGCGUCGGACACGUUUCAAGCCAGAAAGUUCAUCAUGGUCGUCUGCUGCGGGAUUGCCUUCGUCGGCUCGGCCAUUGCACCCGGGUCGCAGAGCAUAUACAGACUCAUCGCGGCCCAGGUCCUCAUCGGGUUCGGGUUCUCCUCCACCGCAUUGGCCUAUUGUGUUCCCAGCGAGAUCCUGCCGAAAAAGUGGCGGCCGAUGGUGCAAUCCAUCGUCAACGUUGCCGCUGCUCUUGCCUCCUCGGCGGGGCCGCUCAUCAUCGGCGCCCUCAGUCGUCAUGACCCCGCAAAUGGUUGGCGCAAGUACUUUUGGCUUCAAAUGGCACUCUGGGGGGCCUGCGCCAUAUGCAUCUUUGUCGGGUACCGGCCGCUGAAGAGACACACAGUCUACGACCAUCUGACGCUGGGGCAGAAGCUCAUGGCUCUCGAUCUCAUCGGAGUCGGGCUGUUCACCACGGGACUCACACUCUUCUUGGUCGGUCUCAAUCUAGGCGGCGGGCUGUAUGCGUGGACCAACGCCAGGGUUCUGACCACCAUCGUGGCCGGACUCGUCACGCUGCUCGCCUUCUUUGCGUAUGAGUGGAAAGGCACCAAAACCGGCAUGGCACACCACGACUUGUUCCGCCCGGGACCAAACGCCGGCCGCGUCCUUGGGUUGUUUCUUAUACUCAUUUUCGUUGAAGGGGUUAUACUGUUCGCCUGGGUCAUCUUCUAUCCGCUGCUCACGACGUCUCUUUUCGAGCAGGACCUCCUGUUGGUCGCCGGGCGCGAGCAACCCUUUUGGCUGAUGGGAGGGGCCGCAACACUGUUCUGGGCCUACUGGAGCGUCACGGCCAAGUCCAUCCGCGUGCCGCUGUUCGCCGGACUCGUCAUCCUCACGGGCGGCAUGGUUGGGUUCGCGACCAUCCAGCCGGGAGAUUCUGUACGGGCUUGCGUUUUCGCCGGCAUGUCUGGCAUGGCCUUUGGCGGGCCGCUCAUCCUCAUCACUGCCGGCAUUCAGCUGUCGACUCCACACUCUCUCAUCGCCACGGGGACGGCCCUGGCCAUCACGAGCCGCGCCUGCGCAGCCACCAUCUUCACUGCCGUCUACAGUUCUGCGGUGAGCAAUCGCCUGCAGCCAAACAUUGUCAGCUACGUGUCAAAGGCAGCGAUCUCUGCCGGUCUCCCCGCAACUUCGGUGGAGGCCUUUGUGACGGCGAUUGCUGGCAAAGAUGAGGCUGCUUUGAUGAAAGUCCCCAGCGUCACGCCGGCAAUUAUCGCUGCAGGCGUGGCAGCCUUGAAGCAAGCGUUUGCCGACAGCAUCAGGAUUGUAUUUAUCAUCGCGGCCCCUUUUGGGGCGUUUGCCUGUGUGCUUUGCUUCUUCCUCGACGAUCAAAGCAAGGAGAUGAACUAUCGGGUAGAUGCGCCGGUUGAGGAUCUGCACGCCCGCUCGCAUCGUCGGCAUGGCACCUCAGAAGCAUGA